UCCAAUGUACAAAAAUAUUACGGAAGUGUAGGUUCGCCAGCUGCCGUUUUUUAGCACGCCCCACAGAUGCUGCUAUUAACAUGAACUACAAAUUCGAUACCAGUGAUUUGACGCGGCGUCUAAAGCGAACGUUCGAUGGGAAUCUUUCCUACCGUAAAUUGUUUUUGCUUCUCUUCGUGUUCGCCGUUAUUCUGCUGUACAUAGGGCCAUCGUUUCUGCGAUGGUUGUUUGGCAGUACGGAACCAACGCGAGAUCAAUCGAUGCGUUGCAUGGACGAUCGGUUGACUCCGUUCUAUCUGCAGAACCUCGAGUACAAUGUAAACAUUCGCCAUCAGCCGGCUUAUCCGCACGAGCAUGAUGCAAUUCCGUACGUGGGCAAUGGAUGGUUUGGGCUGGAAGUGCAAACCGAUGCACAUUUAAACAUCUUUCUCGGCCGUGCUCUGUUGCAGCCCGUUAAUUUCCAUCCCAUUGUUAGUGUAGCAAGUGCCGGUCAGCAGGAAAGGGAAGCGACCGUCGUCGAAUAUCUGACCGGCAUUGUGCACCGAUUUCAGUGCUUUCCCGACGGUUAUCAUGUAUCUUAUCAAUACUACGCGCAUCGUACUAUGCCAUCCGUGUUGGUGCAGGAAAUUCAGCUAACAAACACCAAGAACCAACUGAUGGACAUCGAGCUGAUCGUGCCGCGAAUAUCGGACUGGCCCUCGGCAAUUGUGAAGAAUGUUAAGCUGCAGCAUGGCUCCGCUAUACUGGAAUAUCAGGUCAUUACGGGAAUGGUAGAUAUGCUACCGAUUGCGGGAAACACGGACGACAAAAAGGUGCGCGUCGUGUCCAUCGUGGCACGCAAGCUGCCCCGUGUAAUUACGCUCAAGAAACGGGGAACCACAAAGCUGGAGCUACUGCUUACGGUCAACUACUCGGAGCCGAUACCACGUGACAAAUACACGGCACAGAAGGAGACGAUCGAAAAGCACGCUAUCGAAGCGAUGAAUCGAGCACUGCUGGCAGCGGAGCACGGUGAGCACAAUGCGUACCACAACUUCAAGCGUGAUCACAUUCGCGUUUGGAGCAAUCUGUGGGAAACGGGAUUUCACAUCAGCACCUCCAAGGCGGAGAACACGCUGAACGGUAACAACAUCAAUGCGACGAUGUAUGCCGUCAUCUCACAGGCCAGAGCGUACGAAUUUGAACAGUCAGUAACCAAUGGCAGAAAGGAGGAGAUAGCUCGCUCACUUACCUACGCGGAAGGGUGCUACGACAGCUACCAUACACUGCAGGCGGAAAAUCUAUGGCGGCCGAUGACUUCGUUCGAGCAGCUAAAUACAGUGGUCGGCUCGUGGAUGUUAACGCUGGAAAAGCAAGGAUGCCACAAUCUCAUCAAGGCGGGUGCCAGCGGCCUCGUGCAGGCGAUGGUGCUCAGCUUCGGCGGAUUCCGUUUCAGCAACCAGCACCUGGAGUUGAACAUUCACCCGAAGUAUCUGCACCGUGAUUACGAUUUCCGGCGCUUGAAUUACGGCAACAUGACGCAUCUAAACAUUUCGAUUGCCGUUAGGGAUGAUAACAAGGCCGUUCUGUACGUAGCGCUAGAUCGAUCGGAUCGAAACUACUACGCCUGUGAUGCCGGUUGCUUGGAUGAUCCGGUGCAGUUGCGCCAGUCGAGAAGCACUUUCCCCGUGAAGCUUACCGAGCCGGUUACCUCCAUACUGUACAUAACGUCGGACAAGAAGCACAUGGAAGAUUUGCGGCACGCGAUCCACGUGAAGGAGGUGGUGGAAGCGCCAGCCCACGAGCAUCACGUGAUUGCGCUGCAUCGCCAUGGCCACCAUCUGGGUGGAUUACCGACUCUGUUUUGGGUUUCGAUUUGCGUUAUCAUUAUCGUGUUUCACGUGUUUCUUUGCAAGCUCAUCGUGAAGGAGUACUGUGAACCGCCGGACAAGAUGAAAUAUCGCUACAGCAAACCUUAAGAGGUUCAUUUUUUUGUUGUAAAUAUUUAGUUUUUCUCGCGAAAAAAUUCCCAGUUAAAAUUGUCUUCAAAAUUAAAAGUAUUCACGUAGCGCUGUGUGUUAGCGUUAUGCGCGGCACAGAGCUGCACACUGAUUUAGCAUAUAAAAUCAAACGAUUUGCAAUAUUAUUCGCAAUAAUACAGAACAAAAAAAGUGAGCUGUUGUAAAGGCUUUGUAAUGCACCAGGAUGAAUUAGUUCUGCUACCAAAUUAAAAAAAGCCAGGCGAAUAUAGCCC